CCCCGGAGCCAGCGGACACGUCGGAGGAAGUAGCGGCGCGAGCGGCAGCACGAGAGCAGCCCCGGCCCCGGCCCCACCGCCCCGCACAGCCCCGCACCGCCCCGCACCGCACACAGACAUGGGGAGCUUAUUCAGCAAAAUAUUUAAUGCUUUAACCGGCAAGCGAGAAAUGCGGAUAUUGAUCCUGGGUCUCGAUGGAGCUGGGAAGACUACAAUACUCUACAAACUACAAGUGGGUGAAGUUGUCACUACCAUACCCACAAUUGGUUUUAAUGUUGAAACUAUACAGUACAAAAGGCUUAAGUUUCAAGUAUGGGACUUAGGUGGACAAACCAGUAUAAGGCCAUAUUGGCGUUGUUAUUACUCUAACACAGAUGCAGUGAUUUAUGUAGUAGACAGUUGUGACAAAGACAGGAUGGGAAUCUCAAAGUCAGAACUUGUUGCAAUGUUAGAGGAAGAGGAGCUGAAGAAGGCCAUUCUGGUUGUUUUUGCAAAUAAACAGGAUAUGGAUCAGGCCAUGACUCCCUCGGAAGUCGCCAAUGCAUUGGGUUUGUCAGCUCUCAAGGACAGGAAGUGGCAGAUAUUCAAAACCUCUGCAGUCAAAGGCACUGGACUAGAGGAGGCUAUGGAAUGGUUGAUUGAAAUGUUGAAUAAUAGACAGUGAGGACAACUGUUUCUUUUUGUAUCUAUUGCAAGAGACUGCAACAACUACAGAUGGCAGAGAUCUUGAUAUGAGUUGUACAAGAGUCACUUAACUCCACGGUGUUCUUCAUUUAUUCCUGCACUCUUUUUUUUCAUUUGUAUUUAUGUGUUUUUCAAUUAGAAGCAAGUCUUAUGAUUUUUGGUUGCUCUCUCAGUUGAAAAGGUCGAGGUAGUCUAAUAGGGCAUCAGUGAAGGGUACCCUUUGUUGUAUGCGCUAACUUUCUGUUUGUAAUUACUGUAAAACACUAAUAAACAAUUCUUUUGUUUAAAUCAAAGUAUAUAUACUUGUCCAUCCUUUUGCUCCAUUAACGGAAAUUACUUUGAAGAUAAUGAAUACAGUAGUUCUUUAAUGACUGUUGAAAUGCCUGUAGUGCAGAGACUUUUUUCCUAAAUGUCUAUUUAAAAUGUAUAUGGUACAAGAAUUCAAUUGAACAUGCAAAAUAAAACUUGUAGCUGAUAUAUAUUACAAAAUUGUUCCAGUCUCGAGUAUCUGUUAAAUGUCUUGUCUUAAAAAAUCUCUAUGAAUUGAAAAAUAUCCUGUUUGGUGAUUUUCUGUUUAAGAUUUGAAUUCUGUGAGAGACACAAUGAUUUAUGAUUAAGUCAGUUGGCUGCAGGGGAUUGUGGAUCAUUAGCAGAAUUUUAUUUUAGAUUGUGGUCAUUUACCAGAAUGACUGGUGUUCAUUUGAAAACAGUUUCAAAGUUUGUACAUUUGGUUACGUGUAUGUCAUGCUGUUUCUUCUAAACAUGAUAGCCUGCCAAAUCAUAUGAUUUUUCUAAUAAAGGUAGAAUUCAUGUUG